AUGGAGGGCCCAGGCGUGGGCUUCCAUCUUGACCUGGGCGCGGCGGAGGGCUUCACGUUCCACCGCGACCCCAGCGGCGGCGCCGUGAGGGAGAUCAACCUCCUGGGCCUGGGGCCGAAGAUGCUGGUGUCCGACCUGUCGACCAGCCAGGCUCGCGUCCUCAGAUGGAGGUUGCGCGUGCUGGGCAACACGGCCGUGGAGUUUGGUGCUGUGCCCGCCAACCUGCAGCUAGCUGUAUGCACACUCCAGGAGCGGAGCGAGGCACUGCACAAGUGCCUGAAAGAGACUGGGAAUGCAUUUUGCGUCGGAUUUUGUGCGCAAAUUACUGUUGGCAGCCAGCUGCCCUUCCGGGUGCCUGUUGUCAAGGGCACCGUUGUUGAACUCCUGGUGCAAACGGGCAAGGCGCAGUUCACCGUUGAGAAUCCCACAGACACCUGGGAGGCACGUUGGGAGAACAAACACAGGAUCCACACGGAAUACAGGGGGCCCAGUGUGAUACACUUUACGCAGGACUUUGCUAGCGACCUGGACGUCAAGCUGGCCCUGACUGCCUGGGCGAAGGCCUCCUUUGAAGUCCUUCACGUCUGCGGAGGUCCCAUGUGCGGCAACCAAGCUGUUGAGCCGCAGAACAGUGACACUCAAGCAACAGAGAGAAUUCGGCAUUUGUUAGGAAACAGUAAAUUGUAG